CUGAACUGAACGGAAGGAAAGAGGGCUUGCUGAGCCUCCCCUGUUCCUCCCUUCAAAUACCCCCCCUCCCGCCCCAACCAACAAACGCAACGGCCCCAACCAACAAACGCAACCCCCCUCCCACCAUCGCAAGAAAUCCGAGGCAACUCACCCCGUCCCAAGAAAUUCUAGCCAAGAAACCGGAAGCAAUCUCUGUCCGCCUCCAAUGGCCCAGGAGGCCAAUUGCGACGGCGAGCCUGCGAUGGAGUCGGCCGCCCUCGUCCCCGGGCCGCCGGCCGCCACCCCGCCCCCCCUGGACGGACGAGGGGUCUCUCCAGUUGCUGGAGAUCUUGCGCCUCCAUCUCAGGGGCGUCCCGCAUUGGCUCAUCCCCCGCUACGUCAUCACUGGGGUCGACCUCUACGAUCGGGAGCCCCAGGAGCUCCUCCGCGCCCACCCCUCCGCCGCCUCGGCCGACGGCAAGAAGGCGCUCUACUUCCUCAACCGCGUCCGGGCCAAGGCCAAGAACGACGGCCGGAAAUGCCGUAUGGCUUCCGGCGGCACAUGGAAGUCCGAGCGUGCGCCGGUGGACAUAUGGGGCGCCUCCCGCAUCGCCGGCACCCGCCAGAACCUGUCCUUCAUCAUCAAGGGACCCGAGGGAGAGGACCUGCGCUCCGGCUACAUCGCCCAGGAGUUUGCGCUCGCCGGCCACGCUGGUCGCCUCGCCGGCGGCGACCAGCUCGUGCUGACCAAGGUGUACUUCACCCGGCGGGGAGAAGAGGCCGUCUCCAAGGCCAAGGAGCGCGUGAUGGCCAAGGCAAAGCGCAAGAAGACGGCCGCCGCCGCCUCCUCCUCCUCCCGGGCGCCUCUUCCGCCCGCAGCCGUCUCCUCCCCUGCUCCCGGCAAGACGCCGGCUCCCGUCGCCGCCUACUCCCCUGCUCCCGGCAAGACGCCGGCUCCCGCUGCCGCCACCUCGCCGGCUCCCCCCAAGAAGGCGGAUGCCCCUUCGUCCUCAUCGCCGGCGCUCAUCGACCAGGCAGUCUCCGACUCGUCCGCGGGAGGAUCCACCUCAUCCACAAGGUUGCUGCUGCUGGAGGUGGGUGACUCCCCAGUAAGCCAAGCCCAGGACUUCUCGAUCCGGCACAUCCUCAGGGCGGCGGAGCUGGUAGGCUCCUCGCUGCCCUUGAACAAAAGGAAGCCUGUCCCAUUUAGUUGUGAUGGCUUGUUCUUGCUCCAGGAAGGGCCCAGGAAGAAGUUUCCAUCAUCUCCAUAGAAAUCCUAGACAAUGUAGGGGCAGUGAUCCUGGUUACCGAGAAAACUCAUCUGUGAUGUUAAAUGUUGAAUACUUUGAGUUCAUUUCGAUGAAACUAAUGCUAGUUUUGCCUGAUGAAACAAAUUCUUGCUCUUCAUACUGUCUGGAUGCUGGUUUGGUCUUGUUCUUUACGGAGAUCGUUAUAUUUGUCUUGCUGCGUUUUUCCUUUUUCCUGCUGUAAUCACAGCAGACAAGUGGUUCUUGUAGAAAGGAGUUUCUACUCUGGCCUUUUCAUCAUUUUAGAGAAUUUCUUAUCUCUGGUGUAUUGCAGAAGGGCUUGAUGUGGAUAUGUUGAUAUGUAUGUUUCUGAUGCUCUUGCUAACAACUUCUGAUUUGUAUGUCAAGGUGUAAAAUUGCAUGUUUAACAAGCACUCUGCUCUUAUGUAUCAUUUUUGUUUAGCAAGCACUAUCAUUUUUGUUUAACAAGCACUCUGCUCUGAUGCUCUGAUGUAUCAUAGAGAUCUAGGGGCAGUUAUCCUGCUUACUGAGAAAACUGAUCAGUGGUGUUAAUUCUUGAAUAUUUUGAGUUCAUUUCGAUGAAACUAAUGCUCUUUUUGCCCGAUCAUACAAAAAUACUUGUUCUUUAUUACCGUGUUUUCAGACAUAAUUGUUCUUGUUCUUUAUACUGUCUAGUCUUGUUCUUUAUACUUGUUCUUUACGGAGAUCGCUAUAUUUGUGUUGCUGCUUUCUCCUUUGUCCUGCUGUAAUCACAGCACAGACAAGUGGCUCUUGUAUGAGGAUUGACUUUCUACUAUAUCUGGUGUUGAGCAUGAGGACUGACUGAUUUUGCUGGGUCCCCACUGUUGCUUCACUAUCAGUAGUAGCUUCUAGUGCAGCAGAAUACACUGGAAAUUCAGUUUCCCCAUUCUGCAUCAGAUUGUUGAAAGGGAUAUUCUAACUGAAAAGGUAACUGGUUAGAAUUGAUAAAGAUGUUGACUCAUUUUUUCUUGCUUAAAUUGAUUCAGCUGUUGCAUCCUUUUGUAUUGCUUAAUUAAUCUACACAGGAGAGGUUUCCCUAGUUCUAUAUGAUACAAUACACCUGCUCUAGCUUUCAUCGAAUGUUACAGUUUAUUGUAUCGUUUUUGUUUAACAAGCACCAUCAUGCCCAGUAAAAUUGCAUGUUGUUUCAAGAUUACUGCACAAUUUAAAAUAUCACUGUAUUUAGAAAUUAACAGCUCAAUUUCUUGUUGGUGGACCGAGGUACAAUUUCUAUUACUGAUGCAAAGAUGAGGCUCUUGGCAAAUGCACUACAAGUUGACGAUAACCAGCACUUUGUUUUGCUCUCUGAGAGGUUGUUCAUUUCCUUUCUCCCCGUCUAAAUUUGUAGUGUAUAUUUCUACCCUGUCACCUGAUGUUCUCUACAUACUACAGCUGUGUACCCCUGCAAAACUUCUACAGUAUUACUUAUAUGAUUAUUAUCUCAUGGAAACAAACAUCAUCUUUGUUGACCAGUUAGUGAACACCUAGAAGGUUAUGUUGCUCAUGAUUUUGUACAGAAAGAAGAUAUUUUUUCUAUUAGGAGUCAAAGAAAUGCUGACACCUAUAGUAUUGUACGAAACAACGUGGUCUCUCCAGCGAUGGACAUGCCUAAAUUAUUAUUUUCCAGUUCAGAACGAUGAGCAGGUAGAUACUCUCAACAUAUGUUACCUAAGAUGAUUAUAAGAGAGAUUUGAGAAAGUGAGAGGUCCAUCUAUUCUGAAUAGUUCAUUAGACAUGAUCAUAUAUGGUACGCAAUGGUGCCAAGAGAGAUGAUUUAGUCAAUGGUGCUGUCAGGACAUGUUUAUCCUGAUUUUGCUCUGUUAUAUAUGGUACGCAAUGUGCCAACCUUGCAUGGAGUUGCUUGACCGUUAGUUUUGUAAAAUUAUUGUCUACAGGAGAACAUUGCCCAUGCUGCUCAGUCCUCACGUAUUUUAAAGCUUUCCAACAGAUUUCAUAUGUUAUUUUGCAUGGAAUAUCAGUCACCUAUGUUUAUAUAAUUCAAAUGGUCAGAAAAUUACAAAAGAAUUACAGAACCCCAACUGGUUUCUUUUCUUGAUCAAUGGUACUACCAAGCAAUUUUUUUUUACUGAUUUUUUGGGUCUGCAUUUUACUUCAUCAGAAAGGGAACUAACUUAAUAUUGUUGUUCUUGAUGCCAACCCGUGACCUAACUUAUAUGCUACUGAGAACUAGAUUAUAGUGUUCCAGUUAACCUUUUGGUUUGUGAAGUUUAGUUGCGCUUCUUCUUUAUACUGUCUGGAUGCUGGUCUUGGUCUUGUUCAAUAGGGAGAUCGCUAUAUUUGUGUUGCUGCUUUUUCCUUUUUCCUGCUGUAAUCACACCAAGUGUAAGUAGAUUAAUGCAGGAAAUUACAAUAUCUGGUGUUACACAUGAGGGCUGAGUGAUUUGCUCGGAUUGUUGAAAGGGAUAUUCUAAGUGAAAAGGUGGACUGAGGUACAAUUUCUAAUAUUGAUGCAGAGAGGAGGCUCUUGGCAAAUGCACUACAAGUUGAUGAUAACCAGCAUUUUGGUUUGCUCCCUGAGAGGAAUAUGUGAAUGUCUCCCCUUCCAGAAAAACAUAGGAGCGCAAAUGACCGCACAUGAGGCGUGCCAACUUAUAAUGGAAGUCAUGCCGUGAGGCGAAUUCCAUGCCAACCGUGCUGUGUGUAUAUGUGAAAAGACUGACUGAACUUCAGUACUCAAAUAGAAUCCUGGUAAGAACCAGCUCGUUGGUGAACUUUGCGGAUCUGCGGAUGGAUCUGACACCCACAGGGACAGGGAAAGAGAUGAUCACUGAAGGUGACACUGCUACAGGAGAGGAAUUCCGAAGAUGAUCCAACUGUGGUACAAGAGAUGAUUCUUUGAUCAGAUAAGAGGUUUCUGAGCUGGAGUAUAGAUCCUGAUUAGUUGAAUUAUCUUGCAGCUCAAAGGAAUUAUUUGCAUACAAGUGUUGUACGUGGUAUACCAGCUAUUAAGAGAAUCUCCUCUGUUUUAUGGAUUUCGGUGUAAGCAUGAAACUGUACUUCUUACUACGUACUAUAUUUUACAAGCAAUUUGACAUAAUAGCAUGCUUU